CGCGUUGUUGUGGGCAGGCCGGUGACGCGCGGCGUGUCUUCGCCCGUGGCAGACAUGUACCUGGAGGUGCCUGCGGAGGGGCGCGGGGGGCUGGCGCCGCGCACGCAACAUUGGCCGGACGCGCCCGCGCUGCACUUUCAUUCAACUGAUUCCCUACUGUUCAAUGAAGUGACCGACGACGAUGUUGUUGACGCCGAUGGAUAUUUCGAUCUGCAAUGCAAUCAAGUGUUCAUAGGCAUGGUGACGAUGCAGUACCAGGCGCAGAGCGACAUGGUGGAGCUGAUAGAGCGGCUAGAGCGGGCCUGCAUACGCUUCGUCCACUUCAGCAAGGAGAACGAGCUCCGGUCGAGGGUGUUCAGCGAAAAGAUGGGCUUGGAGUCCGGCUGGAACUGUCACAUAUCGCUCAUGAGCGACACCGAAGCCAGCAAAAGCGCAUCGCCGCUGUCCUCGCAGAAUAUCGCGCAGCCAAAGGAACCUAACAUCGAGAGGCGGCCCUCUAGGGGCUUCGAAACUUUUGACGCUCUCGGCUUUUGUCAUAGCAAUAGUAUGGCAACAUCGAAAGCGUUGUCUAUGUCGGCGCCGGGAGCGAUCAAUCUAGAUCACACUACCGUCAAAUUCGACAACGAGGUCAAGAAAGCGAGGCACUCCAUCACAACUGGAAUCAAGAUGCAGCGUGGCAGUAUAGCGACGACGCAUCCGUCGGCGGACUCGGCUCUGGACUCGCGCGAGGAGCCGGAGUCCCCGGUGGACGCGUGCCGCUCGCUGUCCUGCCUCACCGACUCCACCGACCACUCGGCGCAGCUCAACUUCGACAUGAGCAAUAGGGCUAAGUUGCCCCGCGGCAUCGAGAACAUCCGACCCCACAUCGAGCAAGUGGACAACGUUCCGCUCCUCGUCUCGCUGUUCACGGACUGCACCGCGCGCUCCGUCCAGCUCAUGAUACAGAUCAUGCAGGAUUACAGCGAGGUGGUUUGCGUGAUGGGCUCCGCGGCCAACUGUCUCAACAUGGAAAUCUUCAUGCAGGCCGACGCUAGCAUCGCGGUUGAGCCUCUAUAUCCGGUGCUGUGCCAAAAGAUGCAACCGUACUUGAUUCCCGACUCCUGCAUCGGUCCCAUCGACCUAGCUAGAGCACUCAAUUCGGUCCCCUGUUCUUUGUCGUUGCAAAACAAGUGGCGUAACCAACCUUUGACGAAUUAUUGUAAAGGAAUGACUCGCGAAUCGGAUCUGUCACUGUUCACAUUAAUAACGACGUCGCGUCACUUCAUGACGUGCCUGUGGAACUGCACUCAGUUCUGGAUAUGCAGCGUUUGUUUCAUAGCUCUGUUACAGACAGGUUCCCUGUGCGGGUUCUUGCCGCUGGCGCUGAGUGUGGGCGGCGCGGCGUGGUGCGGGCUCGUGUCGGUGCCGCACGUGGCGGGCGCACUCGCCCUCGCCCCCCCGCACCCCGCGCUCUCGCAGCGCGCUGCCACCAGGCCAGACCAUCAGCUGAACCUCAAGAUGGCGGUGUUCGUGUUCUGGUGCUACGCGUGCAAGUUCGUGCCGGCUGCCGUCUCCAUCCUCGUGCUGUACGGGCUGACGCUGCGCAGCUUCUGCGAGCAGAUCGCGGCCGCCACCAACGCGACGUCGUGCUGGAUCGUGUACCCGGUGAACGUGGGCGCGUUCCCGCCCAGCCACGACCUCACCGCGAGGAGCUGGCACGGCUGGGGCGACGACUUCUACGACGGAUUCUAUUUGACCCAACAUAUCGUGCUCGCUUUGAUAACUUUGCAUUUAAUUGUGAUCUCAUUAUCAUUCGUCCAUCGCUACUCGUCGAUAUGGCAACGUGGCUUCUGGACCAAUCGGGCGUGGACCAUCACUGUUGUCGUACUGCUGGUAGUCCAGUGCGCGUUCAGCGGCGUGAUGCUGAGCGGCACGUACGGGUCGUGCGCGCGCUGGUCGGUGUGCGCGCUGCGGUACCGCGUGCCGUGGCCGCUGCUGCUCGCGUACGCCGCCUCGCUGCUGCUCGUGCUCGCGCUCAACGAGCUCAUCAAGUGGCAGGAGAUCAAGGCAGACAAACGGAAUCAACGCCGCGCCCGCCUCGAUUUCGGAACCAAACUGGGAAUGAAUUCUCCAUUCUAAACUCGAAUGCUACGUCUAGUCAAUUAGCUUUAGUAGAGUAAGCUGUUUCCUAAUCAAGCCGAUACGAAUAGUUUUUAAGGAAUACUGACUGUGUACUUUAGUACCUAUUUUGUACUUAUUUUACUAGUUUACAUAACGAUGUUUUGACGAUUUUAAAUAAAUAUUUUGAAA